AUGGAAAAGGAAAACUGCACUGCUGUGACAGACUCCACCCUCCUCGGAUUCUCAGAUGCCCUGGAGCUCAGAGUCUUCCUCUUCCUGCUGUUUCUUUCCAUCUAUGGAGCCACAGUUUUGGGAAACCUGGGCAUGAUUGCCCUGAUUCAGGUCAGCUCUCGACUCCACAUCCCCAUGUACUUUUUCCUCAGCCACUUGUCCUUUGUGGAUUUCUGUUACUCCACGACCAUCAUGCUGAAGAUUCUAGCUAACAUCUUAAAUGAUGACAAGGCCAUUUCCUUCCUGGAAUGUGCUGUGCAAUUCUACAUGUUUUGCACAUUUGUGGUAACUGAGGUCAUUCUGCUGGCAGUGAUGGCCUGUGACCGCCUUGUGGCCAUCUGUGACCCACUGCUCUACAUGGUCACCAUGUCCCGGAAUCUCUGCAUGGAGUUGGUGUUUUGUUGCUACUUCAAUGGUACUGUAUGUUCUCUGAUUCACUUGUGUUUAGCUCUUCAGAUCCCAUCCUACAGAUCGAAUCUGAUCAACCACUUUUGUGAUUUCUUUUGUGAUCUCCCCCGUCUCUUGUAUCUUGCUUGCUGUGAUGUCACUGUGAGUCAAUUGGUGCCCUACAUUGUGGCCACUUUCAGUGAGAUCAUCACCACCAUGGUCAUCUUCACCUCCUAUUUGUUUAUUCUCACCACCAUCCUGAGGAUGCACUCUGCAGAGGGGAAGUGCAAAGCCUUUUCCACCUGUGCUUCCCACCCUGAAGCCAUCCUUGUCUUUCAUGGAACAAUCCUUUUCAUUUAUUGCCGGCCCCAAUCUAGCAACAGCAUGGAUACCGACAAAGUGGCCACAGUGUUCUACACUGUAGUGAUCCCCAUGCUGAGCCCCCUUAUCUACAGUUUGAGGAACAAGGAUGUGAAAGAAGCUCUCAGAAAAGUGGUGAGCUCCAAAAUAUUUUCCCAGAUAAUAUUCUCCAAGCAGGACUCAGGGUUCUAA